AUGGAUGAGGGGGCGAAGGAAGCGAAGGCUGCGCAGGUCCUCAUCAGGGCGCUACCGAGUAAUGGGGGCAGGAUUCGAAGAAGAGCUGAGGGCGCCCCACGUUUCCUCCAGCCUGAUGAUAACAUCAGCGCCUGUCAGGUGGUUGGUGCGAGGGAGUGUGCGCGCGCGCGCGGGAGCGAGCGCAGGGAGCGCGCUCGCACAAACUUUGUGCCUGCGGGUGCGCCUGGGUCGGCUCGCCUGGCUCCGAGAGUGGCCGGCGCCGGGCUGCGAGGGCCGGCGGCGGCCGAAGGAUGCGCCGCGCCCCGCCGAGCCGGUCCCGCCGCUCCAGGUGAGACGGCUCCAGGAGCGCAGCGCGCCGCGGCCAUGGGCACCCUGGGCAAGGCGAGAGAGGCUCCGCGGAAACCUCCCCAUGGCUCUAGAGCUGGCCCUAAAGCAAGACUAGAGGCCAAAUCAGUCAACGGCCCUCUCCCUGCCCAGCCUAGCUUGGCCCAGAUCACCCAGUUCCGAAUGAUGGUGUCCCUGGGACAUUUGUCCAAAGGAGCCAGCCUGGAUGAUCUGAUCGACAGCUGCAUUCAAUCUUUUGAUGCAGAUGGAAACCUGUGUCGAAGUAAUCAACUGUUACAAGUCGUGCUCACCAUGCACCGAAUCAUCAUCUCCUCGGCCGAGCUGCUGCAAAAACUCAUGAGCCUAUAUAAGGAUGCCUUGGAGAAGAAUUCUCCGGGAAUUUGCCUGAAGAUCUGCUAUUUUGUCAGGUAUUGGAUAACAGAAUUCUGGAUCAUGUUCAAAAUGGAUGCCAGCUUGACCAGCACUAUGGAAGAGUUUCAGGACCUGGUGAAAGCCAAUGGUGAGGAGUCCCACUGCCGCCUCAUUGACACGACACAAAUUAAUUCUCGAGACUGGUCCAGGAAACUGACUCAAAGGAUAAAGUCAAACACCAGCAAGAAGCGGAAAGUCUCCCUGCUGUUUGACCAUCUGGAACCUGAAGAACUGUCUGAACACCUCACCUACCUUGAGUUCAAGUCCUUCCGAAGGAUAUCUUUCUCUGAUUAUCAAAAUUACCUUGUAAAUAGCUGCGUGAAGGAGAACCCCACCAUGGAGCGGUCCAUUGCCCUGUGCAAUGGCAUCUCCCAGUGGGUACAACUGAUGGUUCUCAGCCGUCCCACCCCGCAGCUCCGGGCAGAGGUCUUCAUCAAGUUCAUCCACGUGGCUCAGAAGCUCCACCAGCUACAGAACUUCAACACGCUGAUGGCUGUGAUAGGGGGACUGUGCCACAGCUCCAUCUCCAGGCUCAAGGAGACAAGCUCACAUGUCCCACAUGAGAUCAAUAAGGUUCUGGGUGAGAUGACUGAACUGCUGUCUUCAUGCAGAAACUAUGACAACUACAGACGAGCCUACGGGGAGUGUACCCACUUCAAAAUCCCCAUCCUGGGGGUGCACCUCAAGGACCUCAUUUCUCUAUAUGAAGCCAUGCCCGACUAUCUGGAGGAUGGGAAGGUGAACGUCCAAAAGCUCCUGGCCCUUUACAAUCAUAUCAAUGAAUUGGUCCAGCUGCAAGAGGUGGCCCCACCAUUGGAUGCCAACAAGGACUUGGUGCACCUGCUAACGUUAUCCCUGGAUCUCUACUACACCGAAGAUGAAAUCUAUGAGCUUUCCUAUGCCCGCGAACCAAGGAACCACAGAGCCCCGCCACUAACACCUUCGAAGCCACCGGUUGUAGUGGACUGGGCCUCUGGAGUGUCUCCCAAACCUGACCCGAAGACCAUCAGCAAACAUGUCCAGAGGAUGGUGGAUUCUGUCUUCAAGAACUAUGAUCUCGACCAGGAUGGCUACAUCUCUCAGGAGGAGUUUGAAAAGAUUGCUGCUAGCUUUCCAUUUUCCUUCUGUGUGAUGGACAAAGACAGGGAAGGCCUCAUCAGCAGGGACGAGAUCACAGCCUACUUCAUGAGGGCCAGCUCCAUCUACUCCAAGCUGGGCCUGGGUUUUCCUCACAACUUUCAGGAGACCACCUACCUGAAGCCCACCUUCUGUGACAAUUGUGCUGGCUUCCUCUGGGGAGUGAUCAAGCAAGGAUAUCGCUGUAAAGACUGCGGGAUGAACUGCCACAAACAGUGCAAAGAUCUGGUAGUGUUCGAGUGCAAGAAGCGAGUCAAGAGUCCAGCAGUGUCCAUGGAGAACAUCAGCUCUGUGGUGCCAAUGUCCAACCUUUGCCCACUGGGAACCAAAGAUCUGCUCCAUGCACCUGACGAAGGAUCUUUUAUAUUCCAAAAUGGGGAGGCUGUGGACCACAGUGAGGAAAGCAAGGAUCAGACCAUCAUGCUCCUGGGCGUGUCCUCACAGAAGAUCUCAGUUCGGCUGAAGAGGACUGUUGCCCACAAGACCACCCAGACAGAAUCGUUCCCGUGGGUUGGCGGCGAGACGCCUGCCGGUCACUUUGUGUUGUCCUCCCCACGGAAGCCUGCGCAGGAUGCCCUUUAUGUGCUCCCCAGUGCCCCGUCCCCAUGCCCCAGCCCAGUGCUGCUCCGAAAGCGGGCGUUCGUCAAGUGGGAGAACAAAGAAUCGCUUAUAAAACCCAAACAGGAGCUUCACCUCAGGCUCCGGACCUACCAAGAACUGGAACAGGAAAUAAAUACCCUGAAAGCAGAUAAUGAUGCCCUGAAGAUCCAACUGAAGUAUGCACAGAAGAAAAUAGAAUCCCUUCAGCUUGAGAAAAGCAAUCAUGUCUUAGCACAGAUGGAUCGGGGUGAUUGUUCUUAAUCCAGAAAUUCAAGGAAGAGAAUCUGUGGACAAGUAUCCUGGGAUCUCACUUCAAAAAUUGACUGCAGAGGUUCGGGCAACUUCAGAUGAAGUCUGGAAAGGGGGAAAGCCAGCCUCUGUUGCUGGCGUCACUGUUUCUUACCUAAAAUAUUCUUAAUGUGAGUCAUUGGUUUUCAGUCAGUGGACUCAAUGGGAAGUUCAAGUUUGGUAAAGCUUUGAGCAUUCAUAUUAAAACCCUUUGCUUUCUUUACUGGAACCAAUACCAAACCGUGUGCUAAAAUAAGACCAUAGUUUCCUCAUAGUGUCUCAGGCAGCCUGCUUUACUGAUUCGUAGAAGAAAAGUCCCUGAAGAACCAAUGUGCUGCCUUCCCCAGGGUUUCUGCAAACUUCUACCCAAGUCUGCUCAUCAUGGAAACAAUACCCUGAAAGUGGUGACUUGGACAUGCCUGCAUUGUUUGUGACACUGAUCCCUACCUCACUACCUCAGAUCUGAUCAAGAGCCUCCCUCCCUGUCCUUCCUCACUUGCCCCACCCCAACCCCCACUUCCUCCCUUGCUGGUAGGCACAUCAGCUUAUCUACCUAGAAGUGAACUCUUAGACAUGUAGCCUGGUUUUAAAUCCAGGGCUUUUUAAUUGAACUUGACAUUAUCCAAUUGCAGGUCAACUCAUAGCCCUAGGUCUUAGUGAUCAUGAAAUACAAACUAAAACUCACCAUCCGCAAACAGCAAUUAC